UCUACCCCCCAGCGGCGCGCCCUGCGCUGGCGCCAUGCACUGCGAGGUGGCGGAGGCGCACUCAGACAAGAGGCCCAAGGAGGCCCUCGGCGCCCCGGGUCCAGGCCGCGGGCCCUCCGGCCUCGGCGGCACGCACAUGGCCUUCAGGGUCGCUGUGAGCGGCGGCGGCUGCGUGGACGGGGGCCCGCGUGACCUGCUGCCCCGGCCGCCCGCGCCGCUGCCCUGCGCCCACGACCUCCUCCGCCCACGGAGCCCCCGAGACUAUGGUCCGUCCAAGGCCACCGCCGCCGCCGCCGCCGCCGGGAAGGUGAAUGGGAGCUACGGCCACUGCACCCCAGGCUCAGAGAAGAGCCUGCUGGACCUGGACCUUGCAGAGGGCCCUGGCCCCACCUGCUGCCAGGGCCUUUUUCUCCCUGCGGGCACGCCACCACCCCGGGGCCAGCCCCCCGCCUGCGAGAGGCUCCUGCACUUCCCCCACCCGAGCAGGUCGCCCAGACCUCAGGCCGCGUAUGUGAAUGGUGGCCUUCCGGCCACACAGCACAUCAAGCAGGAGUCCCUGCCUGACUACCGGGCCAUGACGGAAGCUCGCCCACCCCUGUCUGCUCACUGCCGGGCCCCGCCAGCCACUGGCCUGCACGCGGACCUGGACCUGCCGGGCCGAGGCCUCACUAACCCCACACCUUCCUGCUACCUUCUGGGCAGCGACCCCGGCUCUGGCCUGGGUCCCCAACCUGAGGCCCACCUCCCUGAGGGCAGCCUAAAGCGCUGCUGCCUCCUGGGCCUGCCCCCCACCUCCUCGGCCUCGUCUUCCCCCUGUGCCUCCGACGUCGCCUCCAUCCUCCGUUCUUCCCAGACAGCUCUGGUCACCUGUGUGAAUGGACUCCGGAGCCCCCCUCUGCCAGGAGACCUGGGGGGGCCUCCCAAGCGGGCCCGGCCUGGCCCCACCACCACGGAGAGCCACGAGGGCAGUUUGCAGCUUGAAGCCUGCCGGAAGGGGGGCUUCCUGAAGCAGGAGCCUGCGGAUGAGUUCUCAGACCUCUUUGGGUCUCACCAGCCAGGCCUGCCACCCCCCUACCCCGUGUCUCAGUUGCCGCCCGGCUCAGGCCUUGGAGGCCUGGGGCUGGGCCUGGCUGGCCGGGGGGGCACUGGCCGGCAAGCAUGCCGGUGGGUGGACUGCUGCGCGGCCUAUGAGCAGCAGGAGGAGCUGGUACGGCACAUCGAGAAGAGCCACAUUGACCAGCGCAAGGGCGAGGACUUCACCUGCUUCUGGGCGGGCUGUGUGCGCCGCUAUAAGCCCUUCAACGCCCGCUACAAGCUGCUCAUCCACAUGAGAGUGCACUCGGGUGAGAAGCCCAACAAGUGCAUGUUUGAAGGCUGCAGCAAGGCCUUUUCACGGCUGGAGAACCUCAAGAUCCAUCUGCGGAGCCACACGGGUGAGAAGCCAUACCUGUGCCAGCACCCAGGCUGUCAGAAGGCCUUCAGCAACUCCAGCGACCGUGCCAAGCACCAGCGCACCCACCUUGACACGAAGCCCUACGCCUGUCAGAUCCCUGGCUGCUCCAAGCGCUACACGGACCCCAGCUCCCUCCGCAAGCAUGUGAAGGCCCAUUCAGCCAAAGAGCAGCAGGUGCGUAAGAAGCUGCACACAGGCCCCGAUCCUGAGGCCGACGUCCUGACCGAGUGCUUGGCCCUGCAGCAGCUCCACGGGUCCACACAGCUGACGGCCAGCGACAGGAAGGGGGGCCGCAACCUGGGCCAGGAGCUGCUCCCAGGUGUGUAUCCUGGCUCCAUCACCUCCCACAACGGGCUCGCAUCAGGCAUCCUGCCCCCCAUGCACGAUGUCCCUUCCAGGCACCACGCGCUGGAUGCCACCACCAGUUCCCACCUCCAUCUGUCCCCUCUACCCACGGCCGAGAGCACCAGGGAUGGGUUGGGGCCCGGCCUCCUGUCACCCAUGGUCAGCCCACUGAAGGGGCUCGGGCCACCACCACUGCCACCGUCCUCUCAGAGCCAUUCCCCCGGGGGCCAGCCCUUCCCCACACUCCCCGGCAAGCCACCCUACCCGCCCUUCCAGAGCCCGCCCCCCGCACCUCUGCCCAGUCCACAAGGGCACCAGGGCACCUUCCACUCCGUCCAGAACCGCUUCCCCUAUGGCGACUGCUACCGGACAGCUGAGCCGGCGGCGGGUGGGGACGGCCUGGCCGGGGAGGCCCACGGGUUCAACCCCCUGCGGCCCAACGGCUACCACAGCCUCGGUGUGCCUCUACCUGCCACAGGCUACGAGGCCCUGGCCGAUGCCCCGUGCCCCACGGCGCUGCCACCACAGCCAUCCGAAGACAUUGCGUCCAGUGGCCCCGAGGACUGCAGCUUCUUCCCCAACGGGGCCUUUGACCACUGCCUGAGUCACAUCCCGUCCAUCUACACGGACACCUGAAGGAAGGCCUGCCGGCACCUGCCCGCCCUGCACCACAGACACUACCUUGCCCACUAGCCACCCGUUCCCACUCUCCGUGCACCCAGCCUGAGCAACCAGGCCAAAGCUCCCCACAAACUCAGGGCACCAGGUCUGCAGCGGCUGCCCUGUGCUGGCCGGGAAGGAUCGCCCAAGCCCGAGCUGGGUGCUCUGAGGUGCCUGCAGGAUCCGUGACCUGCGACAUUCUCUUGACUGUGUUUUCCUUUCCUCGCCCCAAUGGUUUUGAAAUCACAGACCUCGUGUAUAUAACAUGUACAGAACUUGUUUUCCAUUCCCCUUCCAGUUUUAUAUUUUGGGUUUUACAAGAAAAACAUUAAAAACUGGAAACAAGA